AUGUUCGGCGCGGUUUGUUCAGGCAGACCCAUGCAAUUAGCGCAGCAGGUGGAGCCUACCAAGUAUGUAUUUAGCAUUCCUAACGCAGGCAACAUUAGUCACGUGGCAGUCUUCAUGCUCCCACAGACCGAGUUCGUGGAUCUGAGCUUCACAGCACUCGUGUACUUCCAGCUUCCAGCGCUGCCGGAGUUUAAGCUACUAGGAGGCUUGAAUCCCAACAAGCCGUCGUCGAUUUUCCGGCUCAAAAAUGCCGGCGCAGGCCUGCGGUCCUCCUCCCACACUUUGGAUGAAGACGACAUGAUGAAUGACGCGGAAACGACUGUAGCAGGCGAGGAGACAGUCUUGAAUAUAGGCAUAUCCAUAGAGCCGACAGUCGAGGCCGAGGUGUUAUUGCAGCAGGAGAGAACCAGGCAAAAAACAAUCACGCUUCCUCCGAGCCAGGCGCCAGCGGCCCCAAAGGCACCUCUGGACAUUGCCGUGUUGGCCAACCAGAUUGUGAAGCACGCAUACAACUAUUUGGGCGGGUUCAUAGAUGCAACGGGCAAAGUGCCCAUGAAAGUGUUUGAUAAUUGGUGGGACAAGUUCCGGAUGAAGUUGUCCAACAACCCCAACUUUUUAAGCGAGCUUGACUAA